UGACGACAAAGGAGGAGGGCGUGAGCGAGAGAUGAGAACUACACUCAGAUGAUAUUGUUACGCGUGAACCUGUCAACCAAUGCGCUACGGAAGGGCUUGCCUACUGAUCCACUGAAAAUGGAUCUGUCUACUAAUCAACCACGGGCAUGCCUGUUAAUAGCUCAGCCACAAGUGGGCCUGUCCAAUGAUCUGCCAGAUGAGGGCCUGUCCAACGAACUACCACAUGAGGGCCUGUCCAAUGAUCUGCCAGAUGAGAGCCUGUCCAAUGAUAUGACACACGAGGGCCUGUCCAAUGAUAUGACACACGAGGGCCUGUCCAAUGAACUGCCACAAGAGGACUUUUCCAAUGAUCUGCUACAUGAGGGCCUGUCUAAUGAUCUGUCACAUGAGCGCCUGUCCAACGAUCUUCCAAAUGAGGUCCUUUUAAAUGAUCUGCCACAUGAGGGCCUGUCCAAUGAUCUGCGACAUGAGGGCCUGUCCAAUGAUCUGCCUGAGGGCCCUUUACAUGAUCUGCCACAUGAGGGCCUGUCCAAUGAUCUGCCUGAGAGCCUGUCCGAUGAUCUGCCUGACGGCCUGUCCAAUGAUCUGCCACAUGAGGGCCUUUCCUAUGAUCUGCCACAUGAGGGCCUGUCCAAUGAUCUACAACAUGAGGGCCUAUCCAAUGAUCUGCCACAUGAGGGCCCAUCCAAUGAUCUACAACAUGACGGCCUUUCCUAUAAUCUGCCACAUGAGGGACCGUCCAAUGAUCACCCACUUGAGGGCCUGUCCAACAAUCUUCCACAUGAGGUCCUUUUAAAUGAUCUGCCACAUGAGGGCCUGUCCAAUAAUCUGCCUGAGGGCCCUUUAAAUGACCUACUUGAGCCCCUGUCCAAUUUACUGCUAUAUUACGCCCUUUUAAAUCGUCUACCACAUGAGGGCCUGUCCAAUGAUCUGCCACAUGAGGGCCAGUUCAAUGGUCUGCCUGAGGGCCCUUUAUAUCAUGUAAUUGAGCGCCUGUCCAAUGAUGUACUUGCGCGCCUGUCCAAUGAUGUACUUGAGCGCCUGUCCAAUGAUCUACUUGCGCGCCUGUCCAAUGAUGUACUUGAGCGCCUGUCCAAUGAUCUGCGACAUCAUGCCCUUUUAAAUGGUCUGCCACAUGAGGGCCCUUUAAAUGAUCUGCCACAUGAGGGCCCGUCCAAUGAUCUGCCUGAGGGCCCUUUAAAUGGUCUGCCACAUGAGGGCCCUUUAAAUGAUCUGCCACAUGAGGGCCCGUCCAAUGAUCUGCCUGAGGGCCCUUUAAAUGAUCUGCCACAUGAGGGCCUGUCCAAUGAUCUGCCUGAGGGCCUGUCCAAUGAUCUGCCACAUGAGGUCCUGUCCAAUGAUCUGCCACAUGAAGGCCUUUUAAAUGAUCUGCCACAUGAGGGCCCGUCCAAUGAUCUGUCACAUGAGGGCCUGUCCAAUGAUCUGUCACAUGAGGGCCCGUCCAAUGAUCUGCCUGAGGGCCCUUUAAAUGAUCUGCCACAUGAGGGCCCGUCCAAUGAUCUGCUACAUGAGGUCCUUUUAAAUGAUCUGCCACAUGAGGGCCUGUCCAAUGAUCUGCCUGAGGGCCCUUUAAAUGAUCUGCCACACGAGGGCCCGUCCAAUGAUCUGCCUGAGGGCCCUUUAAAUGAUCUGCCACAUGAGGUCCUGGCCAAUGACCAGUCAAAUAGGAACCUGUCGAGUGAUCUGCUACAUGAGGGCAGGUCAAGCGAUCAACCACAGGAAGACCUGACUUUUGAUGAAAUGACGAUGUUAUUUGAUGAAAUGUCGAGUGAUCAUCGACGGAAGAAGUCUGCUGAUCAGUCUUAUGCAUUUUUGUAUAGUAACGGAUCAUUUAAUUUUACUCUCAGGAUGUUUAUCUUCCUCUGCUUUAUUAUCAUGAUAAUUUUUUUCUGACAGGGUUUUUUAAUUGGUCUUCAAAAGUUACACUUUCACACUGGUCCUAAGCUAAAGCAGCAUUGUAAGUAAAGGUAGAGGCAAAGAGGGGCCGCAUUAUCACAUCUCUCGAUGAAAGAAAGAACAGACUCGUGUAAUGAAACGUUUUUGAUAUGUGAUCACUGGCUAAAUUAUUUAUCUCAGUUCUUAUUAAAGAAACGUACUAUUUCUCAUUAUUUUAUUAAAUCCAGUUUUAUCAGACACUAUUGCACUUUCUCUUUCUCUUUCUGUCUCUCUUUCCUUCUCUCUCAAUCACAGAUGAGCACUAAUUAUACAAUUAGUUCUAGCUUGAAGAAGUGUCUUGCAUUGCUUGACAGUAAGUACUAUGACAGUAGUGUUAACAUGGCAAGUUUAGCCGUUAACAUGCUGAAAAUGUAACUGAUUAGUGUCACACAGCAUAGUUUACUAUUGUAUAGUUCUAAUUAGCAAGCCAAUUUUAUUUAAAUUCUUUAUCUCUUUACUUUGUGUCCGACUUGUUUAUACUAAUGCUAAACUACAUUUGUUAUACGAUUAGUAUAUUUGUUACCUUUACUUAUUUGAUGAAUUUUAAAAGACUUUGAAGAUCAAGAUAACUUACUUGAUGUAGCCUAAGCCAUUAAUAGAUUUUUAACUCAAAAGCUCCAAACAAUAUAAGAAAUUUUGCAAAGCAUAUGAGAGCUGGAGUCAUGGCUGCCUGAAAAUUCUACAAAAUACUUAUUUAACUUAGAGAACAGGAACGU